AUGGCUCAUUCCGCAGGCGCUAUUCGGUCCGACUUGGGCGGUAGCUACACCUACGACAUUCUGCCCCGUGAGAAGUCACUCAGAAUCGCCGAACUUCUUCCUGGAUUCUUUAACGACGAUGUUUCAAUCCAGCUUCAUACCGUUGAGUGGGAGUCGCUACUGGAGUACGAGGCUGUCUCUUACGCUUGGGGCGACCCAACACUGAAGGCACCUGUUUUCUGCGAUGGGCAUAUCAUUGAGGUCACUCAGAAUCUACACACGGCCUUGUCGCACUUUCGUUAUGAGGACAGGUCGCGAUUCUUGUGGGCUGAUGCAUUAUGCAUCAACCAGAGGGAUAUACCAGAACGCGGCUUGCAAGUGAAGCAGAUGAAGAGAAUCUACGAGAACGCGCAAGAGGUUCAAAUCUGGCUUGGGGCUGACACCGAAGACCGUGAUGCCGCCACAGCCAUCAACGCGAUCCAAAUCGUAUCCGAUUUCCUUUGCGAUAAACUCGGCAUCUCGAUCGAAGAGCAUAGAGUCGGCGAAGACACAUAUCAAGAAUAUCUGCUCAAACGUCGAGCCGAUGUGCCUUUACCCAACAAAAUCGACCUCGUCACGGAUACUAUGUGGAAGUCGCUGGUGUGGUUGUACUCCCAUCCCUAUUUCACUCGUGUUUGGGUGAUCCAGGAGAUCAGCGCCAACCUCCACCGGAAGGUCAACGUCGGACAUGCGAAGACAAUAUGGAACAGGGUCGAUCUUGUUGCCAGCUAUAUCAUAAUGGAGCCUGCAUUCUCGGAUGCGUACGGGUUUUCUCCUGCGAACUGCUGGUGGGUCGCGACUAUCUCAGAAUUGAUUGCGCAACCGACGCGAUGGCUCAACAUACUUUACCUCGCAUCUAACUAUGGCUGCCUGGAUGCCAGAGACACUAUCUAUGGGCUGCGAGGCUUGAUGAAGCUGCCCAAGGAUGGCCAUAUGCUCGAUCCAGAUUACAGCAAGUCGACGCGUGAAGUAUACCGUGAUUCGGUUGAGGCAGCGCUCGUAAAUUUCGAGAAGGCUGAUGUACUGCUCUAUAUUACAGGGGAAGAAGAGCCUUCCUGGAUUCCGCGCUGGAACAUACCGAUGCUCUUCCGCAACCCAUUUCGGUUUGGUAAGCCUAUGCCGUGGAAGCCCGCUGGCGACACGAAACCAGCGUGGAGCAUCGAUAAGGAUACCAAUGUGUUGUCGCUGUCUGGCUUCAGCCUGGAUGUUAUCACACAUGCUGAAUCGUACAACCAGCUCAACUUUGCCAAUACCAUCAUCGACUCAGUGGAGGGGAAAACAAAAUUAAGGGUCUAUGGACGCGCAAUCUCCACACCUUCGCAGCUAGUUUUGACGGCACUUUACCGCUUACCAGAUCCUUCCUCACGGCUGCCGCAGUAUCACUGUCCUUUGGUCUAA